AUGGAAUGGGAUCAUUGUCAAUUUCAUGAAGAUUGUGGAGAAGGAAAUUGCUGUUAUGUGCAUUUUCGAUUUCGUAGCUUGCCGAAAUGGUUUUGUCGACCGAAUCGAAAUGAUAUAACUGAACUAUGUGCGCCUUUAACUAGAUAUCGUUCACUCAAAGAUGUACCAGCUUGGAAACAACAACAACAAGAACAACAACAACGACAACAGCCACAACGAUAA